UCGGGAUUAAUUAAAUCCAUUAUAGGAACCUCCUGCUUGCCAAAGACUUAACCAGUGAACAUGGAAACAUUUUGUGUUCUCCCAUUUUUUGCGGCGCCACGCCGGGCUAAUAAACUUUUUGACAUGCAUCAAACACAUAUAAAAAACUAUUAACUUGCCAAAGACUUAGCAGUCUACAUGGGAACAUCAUAAAACCCUAUCAGACAAGGGGCGUUGAUGACACAGUCGGAACAAGCAACAUCAUGGGCGACCAUUUUUACCAGCAAGUAGACACGGGCAUACAGGUGACUUUUGAAGAAACAUUUAACAGCAGCAUAGUAGCAGCAACAGCGAUGAUCUUUAUAUGCGUGGGUGUAAUUAUGAGCCUAUUCAACAAAAGAGAUCCUGUCCCGCAGCUAACUAAGAGAUGGAGAGCUAUAAUUGGAAUUGGCGUCAUCGCAGUCUUUGUUUGCACCUGCAUGUUGUUUUAUUGCAACGAAAACAUUACAAAUGCAGUGCGAACAUCUGCUAACCAACUUGCUCAACCUCCUUGCUCGAACUCAACAUUCCAUAUUGACAUGCAGGCUAACUGUCAACAGCUAAUUAAUACUGAAGUUCAAGUGAUACAAGGCAUCAAACCAACCUCAGAUGAGUUGACACAGUACGAGCUUCUGUUUUUAAAUGAAACAUGGCAGAGAUCUGGGUUGGAACAGCUCAACCGCACUCUGAGUCAACUUAUCACAGAUGGAACAAUUGUUUUUGUGAAUCUGCAUAAACAAGCCGAUCAACUAAGAAAGGAUAAUCUAAACUUUCUAAGUAGUAUCAGAACAUUCGAUGAAGUUUUAGACAGAUUUAACUUCUCUUGUUUUGGAGAAAGCCCAAUUUCUACAGAUCUAAUAGAUAACACAGAUGACAUCCAACUGAUCGUAACUAAAUUUGGAAUCGGUUUACAGGACUUAAAAUCGAUACAAAUUAAUUUAGAAGUUAUCUAUAAAAUGAUCAAGAUGCAAUCUCAUGAUAUCCUCCAAGACAUUCAUGCCACUGCAUUCAACCAAUCAUAUGAUUUACUGGUUCAAAAGAUUAUAAAGUUUCAAGAGGAAUUAUGUACCUUGACUUUCCAAAAUGUUAAAGAGAAUUACCUGAGACUAAAAAAGGUUGGCGAAAGUGAUUUUAACAGAUGGAAGACGUCAAUUUGGUUGGCAAGUAGCCUGCUAAUUUUUUGCUUCGUAAUGGCUGUACACCUGUUAUUAGAGUUUGAAACAUGUAGGAAAAGAUUAGAUUGUUCAACUGUCACGAUUUUCCAGUUUGUGAAAUACAUUCACUUUAUAACCAAGAUAAUUGGAUGUAUUUUGCUGAUCACUGCCAUUGUUUUGAAGACAGUCUCAUCAUUGAAAAUGGACUGUAUAAGCAAUGCUACUACAACCUUAAAUGUUAAUAAUCAGGUCAUUAACAUUGAUGUAAUAUCACCAGCAUCAAAAAUAGAUAGCAGAGUGUUCGAGGAUAUUCCUUUUAUCAUAUUACAAUGUAGACUGAAAAAGAUUUUUCCAGAGUUUCAAAAUAUGAAAAUGGCAUUUGACAAAAGCAAAAAUAAAACAAUGGAAACAAUUUCUGAUCAGUGUUUGGGAAAAAUACACACCUUCAUUAGAAGUAAUCCAGCAAACUCAUUAAUCCCAAACCUUACAUUAAUUUCUGGAGAGCUGGAAAUUAUGUUACUGGAAAGAAGAAUAACUUCUAAAAAUUUAUUUGUAAAUUUCCAGAAAUCUUUAACAGAAAGCAAAUUAUUCUUUUAUACUUUGAAUAAAGCUGAAGAAGAAUGUGUUUUUAGUAGAAAUGUAAACACAUGGGCAAAUAAUGUUAAAGCCACAGUAAGCACAAUGAUAAAAGAACUUCAGUUGAUGACUAAUACUAAAGCAACCAUUCUGAAUGGGGAGUUUGAAGAUAAAGUUGCAUAUGGCACCUGCUCCACAUCAUUGUCAUGUGGUGAAAUUCUCCAGAACCUUAAAAAGUGGGUGAUUAUUGGUAGCAUCACGGAGGUUAUGAUAGUUUUGAUUUGCGUGGUUCUCUUGAAGUACAUGUACUUCAUGAAAGGCAAUAAUAUAAAGGAUUUAGGAAUUGAUACUGUUGAUGUCAUUGAGGAUCUUCCAGGUGUUCCCAAGGUGUCGGAGAGCACUGAUUCAAUCACUAAAGAUUUAGGAAUUGAUACUGUUGAUGUCAUUGAGGAUCUUCCAGGUGUUCCCAAGGUGUCGGAGAGCACUGAUUCAAUCACUAAAGAUUUAGGAAUUGAUACUGUUGAUGUCAUUGAGGAUCUUCCAGGUGUUCCCAAGGUGUCGGAGAGCACUGAUUCAAUCACUAAAGAUUUAGGAAUUGAUACUGUUGAUGUCAUUGAGGAUCUUCCAGGUGUUCCCAAGGUGUCGGAGAGCACUGAUUCAAUCACUAAAGAUUUAGGAAUUGAUACUGUUGAUGUCAUUGAGGAUCUUCCAGGUGUUCCCAAGGUGUCGGAGAGCACUGAUUCAAUCACUAAAGAUUUAGGAAUUGAUACUGUUGAUGUCAUUGAGGAUCUUCCAGGUGUUCCCAAGGUGUCGGAGAGCACUGAUUCAAACCCUAAACAGUUACGAAAGUUGUUGGAAAGUGACCUGCUAUAA